AUGUCCGACCUCGUCCCAGUCUCCAGUCUCGCCUUCUCUAGACAUGGGACGCCAGAGGAGUACCGAAAACGCAAAGUUGCCCUUAUUUCUGGUAUAACCGGACAAGAUGGAUCCUAUUUGACUGAGUUUCUUUUGUCCAAGGGCUAUCAAGUCCAUGGAAUUAUUCGACGGUCCUCGAGUUUCAACACUAGUCGGCUUCAUCAUCUAUAUGAGGAUCAACAUGAACGUCCUAACAAAUUCCACCUGCACUAUGGUGAUCUGGGCGACAGCACCAACCUUGUCUAUAUCAUCGCUCAAGUCCAACCAACUGAAGUAUACAAUUUGGGCGCUCAGAGCCACGUUAAAGUAUCCUUUGAAAUGGCGGAGUAUACAGGCGAUGUUGAUGGCCUCGGAACUCUCCGAUUGCUGGACGCGAUCCGCACUUGUGGGCUGCAGCACCAUAUCCGGUUCUACCAAGCAUCUACUUCUGAGUUAUACGGAAAGGUCGUCGAGACGCCUCAAUCUGAAACCACACCAUUUUAUCCCCGAUCGCCUUACGGUGUAGCUAAGCUUUAUGCAUACUGGAUUACCGUCAACUACCGCGAAGCAUACGAUAUAUAUGCCUGCAACGGUAUUCUCUUCAAUCACGAGAGUCCUCGUCGAGGAAGGACCUUCGUCACGCGCAAGAUCACUCGUGCCGUUGCAGAUAUUAAAUUGGGGAAGCAGCAUUGCUUGUACCUUGGUAAUCUCGACGCGAAGCGCGAUUGGGGCCACGCGCGGGAUUAUGUUGAGGGAAUGUGGAAAAUCCUUCAACAGGACAAGCCUGAGGACUUCGUUCUUGCUACUGGUGAGAUGCAUUCCGUGAGGGAGUUCGUCGAGAAGGCUUUUGCUGUCGUCGAUGUUACGAUCCAAUGGCAAGGCAGCGGUGUGGAUGAAGUUGGCAUUGACAGCAAAACGCAACAAGUAGUGGUCCGGGUUGACCCCCGGUACUUCCGGCCAGCGGAAGUCGAGCUCUUACUUGGCAAUCCAACUAAGGCCGAAAAGGUUCUUGGCUGGAAAAGGAAGGUCAAUUUCGACAGUCUCGUGACAGAGAUGGUGCAUGCCGACCUCAAAAGCUCCGGAAAUCUUGUGGAAGAUCACAAUUGA